UGUAAGAGUGAGGAGGAGGAGGAGGACAUUCCAGGAGAUGUCACCACAGCAGAAAAUCCCAGUACAAAUUCUGAAGGAAAUUUGUUGUCACUAAAUUAUAAAGUAGAAGAUGAAGAUAUGCAGCGCUCUUCAGCAGAAAAUAUUAAUGUACAUCCAGGACUUCACAGUACAUAUAAUCUUCCUAAUCAUGAGGAACCUUCUCUUGACCAGAAAGAGGGUGAAAUGUUUGACUGUGGUAAAGAGUUCACAAAAAGAUCAAGUCUUUCUACAUAUAGAAGAAUUUGCACCGUGGAGAAGCCAUACUCCUGUUCAGAAUGUGGGGAGUGCUUUACAGAUAAAACACAUCUUGUUAGACAUGAAAAAAGCCACACAGGAGAGAUGUUUAAGUGUUCAGAAUGUGGGAAAGGUUUUAAAAUGAAAUCAAGUCUUGUUAGACAUAAGAGAAGUCACACAGGAGAGAAGCCAUAUUCAUGUUCAGAAUGUGGGAAAUGUUUUACACAAAAAUCACAUCUUGUUAGGCAUGAGAGAAAUCACACAGGAGAGAAGCCGUUUUCGUGUUCAGAAUGUGGGAAAUGUUUUACACAAAAAUCAGAUAUUGUUAGGCAUGAGAGAAGUCACACAGGAGAGAAGCCAUAUUUGUGUUCAGAAUGUGGGAAAUGUUUUACAAGGAAAUCAGAACUUGUUACACAUCACAGAUUUCACACAGGAGAGAAGCCAUAUUCAUGUUCAGACUGUGAGAAAUGUUUUACACAAAAUUCACAUCUUGUUACACAUCAGAGAUUUCACACAGGAAAGAAGCCCUAUUCAUGUUCAGAAUGUGGGAAAUGUUUUGCACAAAAAUCAGUUCUUGUUAAGCAUGAGAGAAGUCACACAGGAGAGAAGCCUUAUUCAUGUUCAGAAUGUGGGAAAUGUUUUGCACAAAGAACAGUUCUUGUUACACAUCAGAGAAAGCACACAGGAACAAAUUUCUGAAAUCAGCAGAUUCCAUUUGGGUACAAAUAAAUUCAAACCAAAGUGACAGUGCUCACAUCGCCCUAAUAAAUUAUGGAUGACAUUCUGAAGUCUUGUAGGGUUUUAACGUCAAGGCAGCAUUGGCAAUCUUAAAGUGGCAGUGAAAUAUAUAGAUAUGUAUAAACAGAUGGUGGCCAGUGGUAAUAAGCAAACUGUUUAACAACACAUUGCACUUUUGGCUUUGUUAUGCUUUUUAAAAUAUAAAAAAUCAUCCAAAACUUCUCUCUAAUGGGGUGGAUAUCUGGCAGUGUUUACACUCAGGGGGGUGUCAGAAGCAAUGGCUUGUUCUGAACAAGAAUGCUCACUUUUUGGGGAGCAGCAGCAGUAUUGUACUGAACCUGACGGACAAGGCAGGAGAUGUGCAUCUGUGUAGGGGUAGUAGAAAUGGGAGCAGUACAAUAUUAACCUGACAAAGUAGAAGAUCCGCAGCUGUACAGGGAGUAGUAGUAAUAGCAGCAGGUGUAGUAGUAGUUUCAGUGGCAGAUGUACAGUAUAAAACAUGACACACAAGGCAGGAGAUUUGCGGGUAUGUAGGAGUAGCAGUAGUGGCAAUGGUGGCAGUAGUAAGUGCAGCAGUACAGUAUGAAAUCUGACAGACAAGGCAGGAGAUGUUCACCUGUUUAGGAAUAGUAGUAAUGGGAGAAGAACAAUAUUUAACCUGACAAAGUAGGAGAUCUGCAGCUGUGUAGGAGUAGUAGUAAUAGCAGCAGGUGUAGUGGUAGCUGCAGCAGCAUGAGUACAAACAUAACAGACAAGGAGGCAGAAGAUUUGCGCCUGUGUAGGGGUAGCAGUAGUGGCAUUGGUGGCAGUAGUAGCUGUAGCAGUACGGUAUGAAAUCUGACUGACAAGGCAGGAGAUUUGCGGUUGUGUAGGGGUAGCAGUAGUGGCAUUGGUGGCAGUAGAAGCUGCAGCAGUACGGUAUUCCUGCGGCUCGUCCACUCUGUUUACUCAGAAGGCCAUGGGGUCAGGGUAUGUGCUGAGGAAAGGGCACAGCACAGAUACAACUAAACCUGGUUGUUCAGUUGGUGUCUAUCAGUUUGCUGAUUGCAUCUGGUUGGUGCAGUGGUUGAAUAAUCUUCCAUCAUGUUCAGCAAUCUGUUUUGGCUGCUGCU